AUGAGCGGGCAAGGCGUGCAAGAAAAACACGCCGUGGUUCAGAAACGGCUUGUGUGCGAGGAGACGCCGGGGCACUUGCUCCCCUGUGCGGCCGGACAAUCCAAAUUUGGCCUGGAGGGGUUGGAGGCGCCCGAGCUCGACAGUUCAGCAAGCAACCGGCUCGGCUCGCUUGCGGCCUGUUUGGCCUCCCGAGCCCUGAACCGUUUGCCGUCCGUGGCGCCAAUACGUGUGGACGGCGUCGCUCGUCCGUUGGGUGGAGGCAGCGCCCUUUUAUUUUAUUGUUUUGCUCCUUUUCCCAGCUUUGAUUCUUUCGCUUCGGCCUUACACACCCCGUUGGCAACGGCAUAG